UGGCGCCCCCAGGAGCUGGGAGCGGGUGACCGGCGGCGGGGAAGCGGCCUGGGCUGGCCCUCAGAUUGCGGGGUCCCGGGGGCCUGUCGCGGGGCGCCCCCGUGACCCACCGACCAGGCCUACCCCCGGGGCCGGAGCAAUGGCCGCCGAGAACAGCAAGCAGUUCUGGAAGAGGAGCGCCAAGCUGCCGGGGAGCAUUCAGCCCGUGUAUGGAGCUCAGCACCCUCCUCUGGAUCCUCGGCUCACCAAAAACUUCAUCAAAGAACGGUCCAAAGUCAACUCAGUUCCUCUAAAGAACAAGAAGGCCUCCAGUUUCCAUGAGUUUGCCCGGAAUACCAGUGACGCUUGGGACAUUGGCGAUGACGAGGAAGAGGACUUUUCCUCACCUCCUUUCCAAACUUUGAACUCAAAAGUGGCUUUGGCAACUGCGGCCCAAGUCCUGGAAAACCACAGCAAGCUGAGGGUAAAACCUGAACGGUCCCAGUCGACAACAUCAGAUGUCCCUGCCAGCUACAAGGUCAUAAAGUCCAGCAGUGAUGCCCAGCUCUCCCGAAACUCCAGUGACACGCGCCUGAGGGACCCACUCCACAAACAGCAGUCUCUCCCUCUGCGGCCCAUCAUCCCCCUUGUCGCCCGGAUCUCAGAUCAGAAUGCUUCUGGGGCCCCUCCAAUGACAGUCCGGGAGAAAACACGCCUAGAAAAAUUCCGUCAGCUGCUUUCCAGCCACAACACCGACUUGGAUGAAUUGAGGAAGUGGAGCUGGCCAGGCGUUCCCAGGGAAGUUCGACCUGUCACCUGGAGACUCUUGUCGGGCUAUCUCCCCGCAAACACCGAGCGGCGGAAGCUGACCCUGCAGCGGAAGCGGGAGGAGUACUUUGGCUUCAUUGAGCAGUAUUACGACUCUCGCAAUGAGGAGCAUCACCAGGAUACCUACAGACAGAUUCACAUUGACAUUCCAAGGACAAAUCCUCUCAUCCCGUUGUUCCAGCAGCCGCUCGUCCAGGAGAUCUUUGAAAGAAUUCUCUUUAUCUGGGCCAUCCGACACCCCGCCAGUGGCUAUGUCCAGGGGAUCAAUGACCUGGUCACUCCGUUCUUUGUCGUCUUCCUCUCGGAAUAUGUGGAAGAGGAUGUGGAGAACUUUGAUGUGACCAACUUGUCUCAGGACAUGCUGCGAAGCAUCGAAGCCGACAGCUUUUGGUGCAUGAGCAAGCUGCUGGAUGGGAUCCAGGAUAAUUACACCUUUGCACAGCCAGGGAUCCAGAAGAAGGUCAAGGCCCUGGAAGAGCUCGUCAGCCGGAUCGAUGAGCAGGUACACAGUCACUUCAGGCGGUAUGAGGUAGAGUACCUGCAGUUUGCCUUCCGGUGGAUGAACAACCUGCUGAUGCGGGAGCUGCCUCUCCGCUGCACCAUCCGCCUGUGGGACACGUACCAGUCUGAGCCAGAAGGGUUCUCGCACUUCCAUCUCUAUGUGUGCGCCGCCUUCUUGAUCAAGUGGAGGAAGGAGAUUUUGGACGAGGAAGACUUUCAGGGCCUCCUCAUGCUGCUGCAGAACCUGCCUACGAUCCACUGGGGCAAUGAGGAGAUCGGGCUGCUGCUGGCUGAGGCAUAUAGACUCAAGUACAUGUUUGCAGACGCCCCCAACCACUACCGCCGAUAGGUGCUGUCUCCCCCGGGGACCCAGACUGCCCCCAUCUCUGAUGGCAAUUUCAUCACUGUGGCCACUGUGCAAGCCGUGGACCCUGGCCAGGAACCACUCCUGCUGUACAAAGCUCACCCCCGGCACCACCGCCCAGGUCUUAACUUCACAGCAUCCGCCACGUCGUGUCUCUGGAUGUGUCUGGGACCACUGUCAGUAUUCUGUGCGUGUGGAGGGGCAGAGGAGGAGGUGACACUGGACACAGAGGAGGCUCCGGUUUGCCCCACACUGCCCCUCCAGGCACCGCUGGCUCUGCCCAGGACCCAGCUGGUGUGGUUUUCUUUUACUUUGUUUUCUUCUUUUUAACAGGAAAGACACAAAUUCUCAUCCCACGGCAUGGGGUAUUCCGCUCUCGUGCUGUUGCUUUGUGGGACUCAUUUGGUCUGGUCACAGGUCAGGGACGAAGACCCUGGCCCCACCCUUCUCCCCCUCACUCCCUGCCUCCCCCUGCCCCAGCUGAGCCAGUGAGUGUGAGCCCUUCCUUCUCAGGUGGAGGAGACACCGUGUUCAUAGCCCUGAGGAGAGGCCUACACGCAAGGGCUAGGGAUUGCGUCUCCCCUUUCCUCACCUACGAAUCUCACAUGGUGUGCAUGUGUCUGUGUGUGCGUGCGUGUAUGUGUGUGUGCUCCAAUGAUCGCAGGUGUGUGUGCGUGUGUGUUGCGUGGCAAGCCCAUCAGCAUUUUGCCACAUGUCUGGAUUUGUGUUCAGACGAACCCAUCAGAACUAUUUGGGAAGGACCGGAGGGACCAGGUAUCUGAUGGUCCCUUGAGAGGGACCAGGGCAGAGGAGGAGAGGAGGGAGAA